CGCCCUCGCCAUUCCUCAUCACAAGCGAAGCAGAGCACACAGGAAGCACUCCACCUUCUUCAGCCGCGCUACCUGCUUUCCUUCCUGCUUGCUCGUGAUCACCGAGAUCAGGAUGUCUGGUUGCAGCGGCGGCAACUGCGGGUGCGGCUCCGCCUGCAACUGCGGCGGCGGAUGCAACGGCUGCAAGAUGUUCCCUGACGUGGAGGCCGCCUCCACCACCACCACCACCAUGGUCAUCGCCGCCGCCAGCAACAAGGCGAGCUCCGGCGGGUUCGAGGCGGCCACCGAGAGCGGCGGCUGCGACUGCAACACCUGCAAGUGCGGCACCAGCUGCGGCUGCUCCUGCUGCAGCUGCAACUGAGGCGGCCAUGCGCCGCCGCCAUGGAAGCACGAGGAGAAAGCCCCCCGGCGUAGUAUAUAGGAGCAGAGUCUAAAUAAGAUCUUGCCAACUGCGCCAUCCAUCAUCUACCGUGUCGUGUCGUGACAUCCAUGGUCGCCUGCCGUGUCUCAGCUGGGGUUGUUGUCUGAACGUCUCUGGUGAUCGACGACGCAUGCCGGUCGUCGAUCUUUAGCUUGUGUGUCCGUCCUCCUCGUGCACGCCACCUUUAAUAUAUGUAUUUCAGAACUAC